GGAGGUCCCACCCGGGGCAACCCCGGCCACUGCCGGACCCCGGGAGGUGUCCGCGCUCGGGUCUCCCUGCGAGCAGCAUGCGGACCCCCGCCCGCCUCCCCCGAGCUGCAGGGGCCGGGGAAGCCCGGAGCACCAGCCCCACCCCGCAGGGGCUCUCCCCGCCCCCGGCUCGGGUGUCGGGCAGGCGGGGCCAGCCCGGCGGUGCAGCGAGGGCGCGCGCCGCCCGCGCCCCGGCCGCGCAGGUCCCAGCGAGGCGUGAGGACGUGGCAGCCUGUUUCCUCUCCGAGCCGCGGCAAAGAUUCGUGGGAGCAAUACAGCCUCGCCAUGCGGGAGAAUUACGAUGUCCUGAUGGCCCUGGGGUCCCCCAACACCAAGCCAGAGUUGGUCCCCCAGAUCGAACACGCUGAAGAGCCGUGUGUCCAAGCCCAGGGGCAGGCUGAGGAACAGGAGGCCCCAGGCUGCGUCAACCCAGGGUCCGUUGUCCCCAAGCCUGAGGUUUUUCCACUGGGGGAGCAAGAGCAGCAGCAGCAGCGUGGUGGGCAACAGAGGGGUCCAGAAGAGGGAAAUGGCUGCUCAGGCGACUGGCUCGUCAGGAAGGUGAAGGUGGAGGAGGACGAAUGGCCCACGCCCCCCAAUGCCGAGGCGCUGCUGUCAGGGCAGCUGCAGGGUGGCUUCCAGCCGCCACAGACGGAUCAGAGCUACCUGAGCACGUGCAAGCCGGAAGAGGAGGAGUACACCAGCUACAGUGACCUGCCUGGCUUGGCUCUGCCGCCGUGGCAGCUGCCGAGCGAGACGCCGUACGGCUACCCGGCCCACGAGCGGCGCUUCGGGGACGGCAGCCCACGCCCCUUCCCCUGCGCACAGUGCGGCAAGGGCUUCGGCAAGAAGGCACACCUGACCCGGCACCAGCGUGUGCACACGGGCGAGCGCCCCUACCCUUGCGACCGCUGCGGGCGCCGCUUCAGCCAGAAGAUCCACCUGGGCUCGCACCAGCGCGUGCACACAGGCGAACGCCCCUUUCCCUGCGACCACUGCGGGAGGUGCUUCCGCAAGAAGACCCACCUGCUGCGGCACCAGCGCGUGCACACCGGCGAGCGCCCCUUCCCCUGCGACUGCUGCGGGCGCCGCUUCACCCACAAGCAGCACCUGGCGCGGCACCAGCAGCUGCACGCGGCGCCGGGGGAGCCGGACGCCCCGUGUCCGCCGAAGGUGGAGCCAGACGUGGAGGCAGCCACAGUGGCUCCCGCGGUGGGGCCGAAGCCCUUCACGUGCCAGCAGUGCGGGAAGAGCUUCGGCUGGAAGAAGAACCUGACGUCGCACCAGCGGCUGCACGCAGAGGGGCGGCCGUUCGUGUGCGCCGAGUGCGGGCGCGGCUUCAGCGACAAGCGGCACCUGACGGCCCACCUGCGGGGCCACAUGGGGCUCAAGCCCUACGCCUGUGCCUACUGCGAGAAGAGCUUCAGCCACAAGCCCAACCUCACCAUCCACCAACGCAGCCACACCGGCGAGCGCCCCUUCACCUGCCCCGAUUGCGGCCGCGGCUUCGCCCACCCCCAGCACCUGGUGCGGCACCGCCGUGUGCACACGGGCGAGCGCCCCUACACUUGCUCACAGUGUGGCCGCUGCUUCAGCUCCCGCCCCAACCUCAUGGCCCACGCCAAGGCCCACGCCGAGCAGCGCCCACACGCCUGCGAGCAGUGCGGCCGCGGCUUCAGCCGGAAGUCCCACCUGGUGCGGCACCAGGCCGUGCACACCGGCAUGCGCCCGCAUGGCUGCGCCCAGUGCGGCAAGCACUUCAGCUCCAAGACCAACCUGGCGCGCCACCAGGCCGUGCACACGGGGCUGCGGCCUUACAUCUGCACCCAGUGCGGGAAGAGCUUCAGCCGCAAGACCCACCUCCUCCGCCACGAGCGCACCCACUCCAGGCCCCUGCCGAGGGACGGCGGCGGUGGUGGCUGGGGGGCCCUGCCGGAUCCGCUGGCCCAGCCCGCAGCCCACCUCUGAGGAAUUGGCCAGCCGUGCCCGCAGCCCCUCCACCAUGCCAGGACUCAUAGCCCCCCACUUCUGCUAGCCCAGCCCUGGACGCCCGUAUGGGAUGGUGACCUGCAGACCUCCCUCUUAUUGCAACCCUGUUGGUCCCCUUCCUUUCCAGCUGUAUCGCCUGUAUCAUCAGCUGGGCUCUGCAACCUGCUCUUCCUGCAUGCGCUGCUCUGCCCGGGCCCUCCAUCCCAGCUCCGUUCCGGUAUGAUCCGUGUGAUUACAUUGCAAAUCUGCCCAGAAGCACGCAACACCCUGGCUAUAGACUGAGCAUGGACAAAGAGAGCCACGUGAAGCCGGCUCAGACCCACAAGCAGGUAAGACACGGACAUGUUAUCACAGCCCGGUAUCUACUCCACGCCGCCUGAUGCAGGGAAGUUACUUGAGAGGAGCUUCCAGCCAGCUAAGGACAUGAAACCCCAACCUGAGAGAUGUCACAAAAUCAUCAGCUGCAAAAUGAAGCCUUAAAAAACCUACAGGGCAGCUGGUCAAGCAGGGGAUGGAGCGAGAACCCGUCCGUGGACCCUUGCUAAGUGUGGUUGUACCUAGAUGGGGAGAGCAGUGCAACCCUAGAGCCAAACUGCUGUAGCAAAUCAUGCUGCAGAUCAGGUUAGCAGGACAUUUCUUAGCUGGGUUCUCCAUGCCUUAGCCACGGACCCUGCAAAUCCUGCUCUAGCCUGUCUCCUGUUCAAGCCGAUUUAUAGGACCCCAGAGAGGAGGACAGACCCUGUGUCGGGGAGUCACUGUUCUGCACCCCAGAAGCGGCACAUGAAGGGACCUACAGUCAUGAUCUGAAUGGGAGGGGAGCAUGCUCUCUCCACAUCUGAAUGUCCAUGUCGCUCUCUAAGCCCGUAGCCUUGUCAGUGCCAUGUUUCCUGGGUGUUUCCACCCUCACGUACGGCUUGGGGGUGUCUGAAGAGACCUCCAGGAUGGGGCGGUCAGGACGAUAGCCAAGCCCUGUGUAACGAAGUCGUCACUGUUCUCCUUGGCUGGACAAAGGACCCCGCUAAAGGUCAGAUGCUGUUUGCACUGUUAGGUGCCUGCGUGUGAUCCUCUUCCAGCCCGCUCGAGUCCACCAAAGCAGCUGAUGCAAAAGGUGGGUGGGUUCUUGCUGUGAAGGGUCAGAGGACGGUGCGUUACAAAAGCGGACGCGCUCGCAGAUUUUCAGGGCUGGAAUAGACACCUAAGUCGGGGUGCCCAGUGCAUAGGGUGGACAUAGACCCAGGUCAGCUGCUCAAUGGGUAGAGCAGAAUCUGGCCUUGAGCCCUGACGUUGCAUGAACACUUCAUGUCUCCAGAGCCCCGCUCCGUUCCCCUCAUCAGCUGCAUUGGCGGUCACUAAUUAACCCCAUUUUACAGACGGGGAAGUCGGGACUAGAAAGGGCAUGUUCACAAAUGCCCUUCGUGCCUGCUAACACUCGGGUACCAGAAGCCCUGAAAUACAAUUCUACCUAAAAACCCACAGAUCUGCAGGGAACCGUUGUCUUUGGGCUUCAUUCGAAAAGGACAAUCACCUGUUAAUCCUGACCCUGUAUCUGCUCAGCACCCAAUCAGUCAGAUACCCCAUCAGCCCUGCAUUCAUUAAUUCUGCCUUCCCCGACCCUGUACGUACCCUGCUCUGUAGCCUUGUAUCAGUUCCUCACCCCCCUUCUCCCAUCUGUCCUGCACAUCUGCAGCAAACUCCUGCUCUGUAAGCUUUUUGUCCCCCCAAAGGUGCUGGGAAGGGGGCAGAGGCCUCGUCUUUCCCAGACCAGAGAUUGGAGUAGUGGUUCUCCACUUUUUGUAGACCCCAGGCACCCCCUUCAUAAUUUUUGUUUUAAUCUAGCAGCCCCCCCUGCAAAAACUAGCUUCCCUUUUUUUUUUUUGACUAUGGAAAAAUCACAGAUUUUUAAUGCAAAAUCUUUUAUGUUGCAAUGAAUUCAGCAAGCCCAGGAUGGCUGUGGUGCUCUGAAUGCCUAUGUGAAGCCUCUGGGUUUGUCUUGUGAAUCAGGGGAUUGCACACCUAACGGUGCAGAUGUUGUGCGGCACCCUUCAAAGGACCUCUGCAGCACCCCAGCUAAGAACCUCAGCAGAGCCAUCCGGAGCGGCUGGGCCCUUUCCACCUGCAAGCUCGUGCCAAUUGCAUUGGCUUCUCCCUCUUCCCUGCCCCUUACUCAGGAUGUCUCGAUGGUGCAGGAAAGCCUGGCUGACCCUGAGUUCACUUGGCCGCAGUCUCUGCCCCGGGGAGCUGCUGUCUGAACACCGUGGGGGCAGAUGGGCUGGGGGAGUCGUGCCAGCAAUGGAGCUGGGAUGGUGUCAUGCAUCAGGUCGGUCCUUCCUUGAGCAGGGAGUUGACCUCUUGAGGUCCUUUCCAACCCUCAUUUUCUAUGAUGCUUUGGCCUUUUGAGGCAGAGCCCCAUCCUGGUCCUAUUGGCACAGCAGGGCCCCGAUCCCGGUUUGAGGUGUCAGCCGCACUGUGACAGAAAUAAAGGAUGAUAUAUGGA